AUGGCUACACCCGAGUCUCAUUGCAAAACUGCGGAUGUUGAUCUCCGGAUCCUCUUUGGCAGCGUCGAGAAUGGCAGUGGUAAUCUUCGAGAGUGUCGGGCACUCCGAUCGGAGCUUGUCUUCGAAUUCUGUAUCUCCGCUUGCCAAGUGAACGAAUCAGCGCUUGACAAUCCUGAUGGUAGUGGUGCGCUCGCUCAAUCUGCAGUUGAUGUUGCGAGCUGCAGCCGUUGCUCAAAUGCCGCCACGCCAUUCAUAGAAGAUGACAGCCCAAAGUUGCUCUUGCCUAACUGA